UUACUUCAUGAAAAGUUGAUAAUGUAAAGUCCUAAUCGUUGGGGGGAAAGCACAUGACAUCUGGCAUAUGGUACAUCGAAAUAUCAAUUGCCUGUUGUGCAAUAAAAGCUAUUAAUCAUUUUGAAACAAGCACUUGUAAAGCUGUCCCACUGACCCACUGUAUUUGCUGCAGGAAGGAACUGCAGAUGCUGGUCUGAAGAAGGGUCAUGGCCCGAAAAACAACACCCAUUCCUUCUCUCCACAGAUGCUGUCUGCCUGCCUGUCCCGUUGAGUUACUCCAGCAUUUUGUGUCUAUCCGCUGUAUUUGCUGACAAGGUUUGAGAAGAUGAUGUAUCAAGCUAAAUCCUGAAACGCCAUCAUUAUGUUUUAUAACUUCAUUAUUUAAACAGCGUUACUUUCCCAGCAGAAGGGAUCAAAAGUCCCAUUGUUUGGAAACUCCAGGGCCAGCCCAACUCAUUUACUGUAAAGGUUUGCUUUCGUUUUGUCAUUAAACAGAGGAGGCAGCUGAACAACCUCACUCUUCCAGUCCGAUCCAGUCCGAAUCACUUCAAAGAGGCACAGAUUUAUUUUCAGCAAAUGCGAGAUGGAGUUGGAUAUUGAGAUGAUCUGCACACUUUUAAGUGGCUCUCAACCCCGCACUCCCAUCUACGUCAAAUCCAGCCUGGCGUUACUAUUCGUCGUUCGACUCAUCAUAAUGAUCGUCACUGCAAAAACCACCUGGAACGAUGACCUAGGGGACCUGAUCUGCAAUUCCACUCGCGUCGGCUGCCGUUACGAGUGCUACAACAACUAUUCGAUUAUUUCACCCUUCAACCUGUUCGCUCUGCAACUUAUAUUCAUUAUCUCGCUGUUGAUUGCUGUGGCUUUCCUCCAGAACCCGAGGCAGCCCAUAGAUAUCUCUUGUUCGCCAGCCAACAGCUAUUGUAUGCUUGCCCGAAUGGUAAUCGAAGGAGCUUUCCUCGUUCUGUGGCCUGCGAUCUACCAUGGUUUACUGAGGCAACCUAACUUUAAAUGUGACACAAAUCCCUGUGAGCAGACAGUUGUCUGCACUAUGCUUCAAAAUCAACAGAAGAACGCCUUUGUAGUUGUUAUGUACAUCUGUUCCCUUGCUUGCUUGUUCAUAUGUGCGACUGAAAAAAACAUAUUGAUGACACAAGUUGUAUUUUUUAAAAGUUCAUCCAAAAUACAGAAGAUCAGAAACUCACAGUACAUUUAGCCCACCAACGCCUCUACUUCAUUAGUAGGCUUAGAAUGUUUGGCACGUCCUCAACAACUCUCACCAACUUCUACAGCGCCGUAGAAAGCAUUGUAUUCGAAUGCAUCACAGCUCCAUCCAAGACCGCAAGAAAUUUCAGAGGAUUGUGGACGCAGCCCAGACUAUUACACAAGUUAACCUCCCUUACAUGGACUCCAUCCACACAAUGCUGUCUCGGCAAGGCCACCAGCAUAAUCAAGGACCAUUCUCAUCUUUUCACUCCCUCUUGUCCCCUCUCCCAUCAGGCAAAAGUUUUAAAGUGUGAAAACACAUACUUAAAAAGGGCAUUACCAUUAAAGUGGUUAGUUAUCUCUUAUUGGCUUUAAUGGCAAUGGAGCUGGAAAUUUGAUGUUUUUUUUCUCUCUACCUAUGGUUUUCUAAUUUCAAAGUAGCAGGAUUUUUGCCCAAAUUUACUGUAAUAUUUUAGGGAAGACCAUGGUUUUCUGAGCUAGUUCUCCAAGAAACAAACUGCAGUAAUCAAAGCCCGAAAGGGUAGGAUGGGGCUGAAGCCCAGUGUUUAGACUUUGGAAUGUUUUUUUAAUCAUCCUAAUAGUUUGAUCUUCCAACCGGUAAUUAAACUUUUUUUCCCUCACUCCUAGUUUUCUUUACAUAUUUUUAAGAUGUUCAAAAAGUUGAAUAAAAUAAAUACUUAAGAAAUUAGUUAAUUUAUGCUUUUUGCUCAUGUGACAUAAUAACUUAUAUAUAAAAUUAUAUACAAGGGAGAAUAAGGCGAAAAUUACCAAAAACAUAAGAAAAUUUAGUCGAGGGUGAAUGAAAUUUUGUGAUAAAGAAUCACGGGUGAAUGACACUGAAAUAGUUUAAGCAGCUCUCAUGAGUAAGGCAAGGCAGCGCCUUUACCACCUCAGGCAAUUGAGGAAAUUCAAAGUGUCUCCGAGGAUCCUCCAGUGCUUCUACUCAGCGGUUGUGGAAAGCAUCUUGUCCGGAAAUAUUACAAAUAUUACUGGUUUGGGAAUUGCUCUGCCCAGGACAAGAAGGCUCUGCAGAGAGUAGUGCGUUCGGCCGAACGCACUAUGGGAACUACACUCGUCCCCCUGCAGGAGCUAUACGUCAGGAGGUGCAUCUCCAGAGCCAAUAAAAUCAUGGGAGACCCCUUCCACCCGUGCAACGAACUGUUCCAGCUGCUACGGUCAGGUAAACGCCUCCGUUGCCAUGCCGUGAGAACGGAGAGGUUGAGAAGGAGUUUCUUCACAGAGGCCAUUAGGACUGUAAACUCCUAUCUCACCCGGGACUAACUUUACUGUACCACUCUACUGCUUUUUUUUAAAAUUGCUGUUUUUUUCCCCUUUUUCCUUCCGCCCACAAUAUUUAAUAUGUAAAAGAAUAUGUGAUUCUGUUCCAUUCUGUUUGUAGUUUGUUUGGUUGUUUGUUUGUUUGUCUUUUUGCACAAAGUCCGCGAACAUUGUCAUUUUUCAUUUCACUGCACAUCUCGUGUGUGUAUGUGACGAAUAAACUUGACGACUUGACGAGAAGCAAUGUCCUAAGCUGCCGUCUACCUCAUUGGAGAACCUCAGACUCUCUUAGAUCAGACUUUACUGGACUUUAUCUUACACAACGCUAUUCCCUUUAUCUUGUAUGUCGAUGGCUCAAUUGUAAUCAUGUAGUUUUUCCCAUGGACUGGAUAGCACGCCACAAAAAUCUUUUCACUGAACCAGAGAGUAGGGAAGAUUCAAACAAGGGGACAUGACUUGAGAAUUAAGGGACAGAAGUUUAGGGGUAACAUGAGGGGGAACUUCUUUACUCAGAGUGGUGGCUGUGUGGAAUGAGCUUCCAGUGAAGGUGGUGGAGGCAGGUUAGUUUUUUAUCAUUUAAAAAUAAAUUGGAUAGUUAUAUGGACGGGAAAGGAAUGGAGGGUUAUGGUCUGAGCGCAGGUAUAUGGGACUAGGGGAGAAUACGUGUUCGGCACGGACUAGAAGGGUCGAGAUGGCCUGUUUCUGUGCUGUAACUGUUAUAUGGUUAUUUCUGCCAGUAGAUGAAACUCAAUUUUACUUUGCUGGGAAAAAAAACCAAAAGUGCUGGAGGAACUCACUGGGUCAGGCAGAAUCUAUGGAGGGAAUGGACAGAUGAAUUGCAGUACACUGCACUAGAUAGUCAUAUCACUGGUCUAUGAACCCUGCCAACAAACUCCUCAUUCCAUUCUAGAGUCACAGAGUAUAUAGAUGUAAUUGCAUGUUCUCCACAAGGUGGAUUUGCCAGGCUGACAUGUAAAUAAUUACCACCAUUGGAUGGGAAAAGCAAUUAAGAUUGGGGCAAGAAAAUGCCAUUUCAUCCAUAACUCACCACAUUUACACUACUGUUCCCAACUCCUGCUUGCUACACAUUAUUGUUUCCUUCCACCAUUUGGUUGUUUGCACCUGAAACACUCCUGGAGUCAAGCUUUGCCAAUUAAGGCUUUUAUAAAGUAGCACUGUGGGGUGCUGAGCUCCCUAUGGACGAAUACCUCAUGGAUUAGUGGUGCCAAAAUAGCUCAGUUGGGAGAGCGUUAGACCCAAGAUCUAAAGGUCCCCGAUUCCAUCCCAGGAUUCGGCAAAUCCUUUGUAUUCAAGCUAGAUAUCAAGGGAUAUAGGGGGGAAAGCAGGAAUGGUGUAUUGAUUUUGGUUUAUCAGCCAUGAUCAAAUUGAAUGGCCUACUCCUACUCCUGUACCUAGUUUUGUGAGAAUCUUCUUCUAUGGAUUUUCAAAACCAUGUCAACAUCACCAAUUUAUUAAAUCAAUCCCCUAAUCUGUGAAGCUUGACAGAAGCAAGGAUCUUAGAGCUCUAAUAUCAUCUUUGGACAGACGUUAGGCUGGAGACGCAAGAAAUGGCAGAUGCUGAAAUCUUGAGUAAAACACAAAGUGCCGGAGGAACUCAGCGGGUCCAGCAGCAUCUGGGGAGGAAACAUGUCUCGGUCCGGGAUCCUUCCUCAGAGUCUGGCUGUAAACCAAGGGCAAAACUCAGAUCUUGUAAAAGGUAAAGCUUAAAUAUCAAUCCAGGGUUGUCCAGUGUGAUGAUGUGUUUCAGAAGAAUCAGACUUUGGUCUCAA